CCCUCUUGGCCCUCACUUGCGCCCUCGCCGCCCGCGCACAGGACUCGCUCCAGCUCGACGACCUCGGCAACACGGUCGUCGUCUCGGUCGUGACGGACGCGGCGGGCGCCCCGCUCGACACGACCAUCCUCUCGACGCUCACGACCGCGACCGACGCAGCCGACACGGCGACCGACACCGACACGGCCGCGGCGGCGGCGACCGAGACGACCGAGACGACAACGACGCCUACGACGACAGCCGCUGCGACCGAGACGACGACCGAGCCCAACAACCUCGGCCAGCCGGCGCAGGUCAUCACGCCCGCCUCGAGGUGCACCACGGCCGGGUGCCCCGUCGCGCCCACGACAUACACGGCGAAUGGGGCGAUAGUGACUUGGUAUGCGACCACGCCGGCGACGCCCAUCCCGCAGGUGACGAGCAGCGGCCAGAUUGUCGGCGUAGGGAGCUACAUCUCCUCCGUCUCGACCGCCACCGGCAACCCCGGCGGCGCGGCCGCCACCCCGGGCGUCAACCCCAACAGCAACAAGGCGCUCUCUGGCGCGCCCUCGUCGAGGUGGGGCGGCAACCGCGGCGACUGGGCCCUCGCGGCCGGCGUCGCGCUCGUUGGGGGGCUCGUCGGCGUGGUGGCGGUGCUCUGAGUGGGAGUCGGUGCGGUGCGCGGCGGGGCGCGAGGAGGAGGUGGUGGUUCCCUGUCCAUGUUUACGGCUCUCUCUCGCUCACUCUCACAGACACUUGUUCCCCUCCCCUUUUCUCUCUGUCUCUGUCUCUGUCUCUUCUCGCAUACCCGUAACGCGCCCUGGCUCUGCUCUGCGUCUC